AUGGACGUGGUGCUGUCAUCGCGCGCCAAGCUCAAGCCGGCAGCCAAGGGCCCCGCCACAGACGGUGUGAUCACCAUGGGCCCCACGUCCUUCUCCUGGGUGCCAGCCAACCCAUCAGCAGCAGCAAGGCUCGACGUGCCUCUUGCUACCAUCAAGUCCCCCAUGCCGACCCUGCUGUGCGUGCCGUGUGCCUCUCCCCCUCACCCCCUCACUUUCUCUCUCACCUCUCAACCUCUUCAACCCCUCAACCCCUCACGCCGUCACCCACUCACUCCCUCACACCCCUUCAGUCAACCCCUCGCUCCUGCAAUCCCUCACACCCUCACGCCUCCAUUCCGUCAGCCCCUCACAACCCCUAAUCCGCCACCCCCUCACCUCCUCACCCCCUCAUCUUUCCACCCCCUUACCCGCUCAUUCUCUCAUCCCCUCACUCCCUCGUACUCUCAUCCCUUCCUCUUAAGUCAUCCGCUUAUGCGCCCGCAUUCAGCGGAGGGCGGAUACAUGUUUGUCUUCUCCUCAUUCGCUGAUCGUGACAAGGCCAGAGAUGUAUACAGUGCCUACCAGGCCAAGUACCAGAGCACGCCGGCAUCCUCCGCCCCCACCCCAUCCACUCCUCCGCCCACCGCUCCCUCCGCCUCCGCCUCACCGCUCCUCCCCCCUGCUGAUGCUGCUGCUGCUGCUGCUGCCGCUGCCGCUGCUUCUGCAGCUGCUGCCGCUGCAGCAGCGGCAGCAGUUAAUGGGGCGAGCGCGGGGGCUGUGCGUGGCAUGCCGCCCGGUCUGCCGCCCGGCUUGCCGGCUGGGCUGCCUGGUGCGGUGGCAAUGGAGCUGCUGGACCCGGCGGAGCUGCAGCGCCGGCAGAAGCUGCUGCAGUCUGAUGCCAAGCUAAGGCGGCUGCACCAGGAGCUGGUCAUGACGGGCGCGCUCACUGAGUCCGAGUUCUGGGCCGCCAGGAAGGUGGGUGGGCCGCCAGGAAGGUGGGUGGGCCGCCAGGAAGGUGGGUGGGCCGCCAGGAAGGUGGGUGGGCCGCCAGGAAGGUGGGUGGGCCGCCAGGAAGGUGGGUGGGCCGCCAGGAAGGGAGUGGAGGAGGAGCGGCGGAAGCGCAGGCAGCGAGUGGGCGUGGCGAGUGCCAUGCUGGCAGACGUCAGAGGCGUCACCGAUGGCAGGAGCAACACCAUCACCUUCAACCUCACACCGCAGAUCAUCCAACAGAUCUUCUUGGAGAAGCCAGCGGUGCACCGCGCCUUCAUGGAGCUCGUUCCCGGGAGGAUGACGGAGAAGGCUUUUUGGGGCAAGUACUACCGCGCGGAGUACCUCUUUCGCACGCGCAACGUGGCGGCGGCGGAGGCGGAGGCGGCGGACGAUGACGAGCUCGCGCUCUUCGUGAGGGACAACCCGCACCUGCACGCCCAGGCGCGCCAAAAGGUGCAGCGAGUGGACCCAACGCUCAACGUGCUGGCGGACGUCAGCGACGACUACUCCUCCCUGCUCGGCCACGGCAUUCUGAGGGAUGGCCGCAAGGAGGCACCAGCUGUGGAGGGGGAGGGGGAGGGGGAGAAGGAGGGCACAGCAGGGCAGGAGGGGGCAGGUGCGGGCGGGCAGUUGGGCAGGAGCAGCAGCGCUGGUGGUGCUGGUGGUGGUGGUGGUGGUAGCAGCGGUGUGGGGGCGGAAGGGCAGGUGCGCAUGAGGCGUACGAUAUUCCGGGACAUCAACCAGCACGCCGCUGUUGUGCUGCAGGGCCGCCUGCUCCGUGAGUCCCCCCGCCCCCCUGGCCGGGAGGCCGUACGCCCACCCACCCUCGCCCUCCUCCCUCCUGUCUCUCGUCUUCCUCAUGCCCCCCCAUGCCUGUCGUCUCCACCCCAUGCCCCCGCUGACCGUAAGACCUACAAGUCGAGCAGAGACGAAUCGAACGGCAACGUGGCGGAACCUAUUGUGAACCUACCUUUCUUUCUUUCUUUCAUUCAUGUUCUUGCCCCCCCCCGGUGUGUGUCAUCUCCCAUGGCAUCGCCCCCUCUCCCGGCCAUGCAUGUGGAUGGCUGCUUGGCAGAGGAGGACGUGGCGGACACCACGCAGCUCGCCACUGCUGUUGCCGAGGCCACUGCCCUCCACGCUGGCAUGGCAGGGGAGCAGGGGGCGGAGGAGGAGUGGCGGAGGGAGAGGGCGCGCGAGAUGGCAGUGAUGGCGGACCUCCGAGGGGACGCCCCUCCCACCACCAUCCCGCUCACCAUCCAGGAUCCACGCAAGUACUUUGAUGCCGCCACACAGAGGGACACAGCACACACUCAGCAGCACGCGGGCCAGGCAGCUGCACCAGAUGCAAUGGAUUUGGACGGCCCUGAACCCGCCGCUGACUCAGCGCCAGCUGGCACGCACGCCACGCUGGCAGCCUCGCUGGCAGCGUUUCGGAGUGAGCUGGCAGCGGGGGGGAGCGGAGGCAGCAGCAGGGAGCACGGAAAACGGGGUGGGGGAGGCAAGGGAGGUGCAGCGGCAGUGAUGGCACCUGCUGCUGCUGCUCAGGUGAGAAGCUUUGUGGGGAAAAGGUUUAGGUGCACAAUGCAUGGGGGCAGAAUGCAUGGGAGCAGAAUGCAUGGGAGCAGAAUGCAUGGGAGCAGAAUGUAUGGGGGCAGAAUGCAUGGGAGCAGAAUGCAUGGGGGCAGAAUGUAUGGGAGCAGAAUGUAUGGGAGCAGAAUGCAUGGGAGCAGAAUGUAUGGGGGCAGAAUGCAUGGGAGCAGAAUGUAUGGGAGCAGAAUGCAUGGGAGCAGAAUGCAUGGGGGCAGAAUGUAUGGGAGCAGAAUGCAUGGGAGCAGAAUGUAUGGGGGCAGAAUGCAUGGGAGCAGAAUGCAUGGGAGCAGAAUGUAUGGGAGCAGAAUGCAUGGGAGCAGAAUGCAUGGGAGCAGAAUGUAUGGGAGCAGAAUGCAUGGGAGCAGAAUGUAUGGGAGCAGAAUGUAUGGAAGCAGAAUGCAUGGGAGCAGAAUGUAUGGGGGCAGAAUGCAUGGGAGCAGAAUGUAUGGGAGCAGAAUGCAUGGGAGCAGAAUGCAUGGGAGCAGAAUGUAUAGGAGCAGAAUGCAUGGGAGCAGAAUGUAUGGGGGCAGAAUGCAUGGGAGCAGAAUGCAUGGGAGCAGAAUGUAUGGGAGCAGAAUGCAUGGGAGCAGAAUGCAUGGGAGCAGAAUGUAUGGGAGCAGAAUGCAUGGGAGCAGAAUGUAUGGGAGCAGAAUGCAUGGGAGCAGAAUGCAUGGGAGCAGAAUGUAUGGGAGCAGAAUGCAUGGGAGCAGAAUGUAUGGGAGCAGAAUGCAUGGGAGCAGAAUGUAUGGGGGCAGAAUGCAUGGGAGCAGAAUGCAUGGGAGCAGAAUGCAUGGGAGCAGAAUGCAUGGGAGCAGAAUGUAUGGGAGCAGAAUGCAUGGGAGCAGAAUGCAUGGGAGCAGAAUGCAUGGGUACAGAAUGGUCACCCUCACAUCAAUACCACCCACUCGUACCCGCCACUCACAGCACUUGGCAGACCCCUUCCCUCACCCCAGGGCUCCCCACCCCCCCCCCACCCCUCCGCAUCCCACACCACCCACCCGGCGGCAGGAGGUGGAGGAGUUUGGGCGGCAGGUGGCGGUGGCACGGCGGGGCGUGGGGGAGGCAGCGGAGCAGUCGCUGCUGAAGCAGCUGCCUGACACCCUGCGCACCUCCCUGCUCGCGCAUGGAGAGGCAGUGAAGGAGCUGCUCUCGCACUUCUGGGCCACCUACCCCCUCACCAGCGCCGCCCUGCUCGCCAAGGCGGAGCGGCACAAGGAGGGCAUCAGCAAGCUGUACGACCGCCUGCAGAAACUGAAGGAUGGAGCAGAUGGGGCCAACCGCCACCUGCUUUCACAGCUGCUACAGCCCUUCUUCCAGAGUUUGGAUGCGGCGUUGGCACACUUUGAGGCGGACAACGCGAGGCGCCAGCAGAGGCGGCAGCGCGUGGGGGCAGCAGUAGGCCGGGCACCCAUGGCAGUGGGACAGAGAUAA